AUGGAGCUUAACAAUCUCACCAAAAUGAAAGUUAAAUACGCUACACAGUCUACAUUGGCUGGACGAUGGGAAGCAAAUUUAGAAAAAGGUAUUAUUCAAGAAAAAGAAUUUCUAACUCAAAACACUUCUGAAUCUUUGCAGAUAACGUUAAAGUCAACUAUCGAUUUAGUAGAUUAUUUAUUAGAAAAAUGUGGUUUUUGUUAUGUUUUGACAUCAAAACAUUUUUUGGAAUCAUCAGACAGAGUUCCAGUCCAAACGAUCAUCCGUCUACCCCUACAUUCCUCCAACUCUAUAGACUAUUAUCAAUGUAAUCAUUGGUUAAACCACCAAAAAGUGGAAAUUGCACAGUUUUUACAAUUAGAUACUGACUAUGCUCCAGUUAUAACCAUUUCUGAUUUGAAAAAUUCAAUGAAAGAAAAUAGUCAGUUAUCUAUUAGAAAAGAGAAAAUUCUCAAAUUAAGAAAUCACAUUGAUGAAAUACUGGAGGAAGGAAGAUGGGAUAUGGAUGAUGUUUUUAAAAAUAAUGAUUUCUCUGAUAAUGUAACAUUUGACUGUGUUGUAUACUAUUUAGCUGGAUAUCUAGCUUGGAGAUUAAGCAAGAAAAGUAAAUGUGAGUUAUGUUUGUCAGGCAUAAAAACUGGUGGUAAAGAAAUUGAUUUACCUGCUUCUCAACUCGUCAACCUGAAGACUCUUGGUUUACAAAUAAAUAAAAACAACCUAGUAAUAGAGUUAAAAAGAAAUUGUCAAAAUUAAUAUCAAACUAAAGGUGCAAUAUUUAAUUUUAAUUUAUG